AGUGUUAUAGAUAUAGAUCAUCAUCUUGUAUGGAAUGAGAUCGUGCAAUCAUGACAGCUUUUUCGUAAGUGCAGUGGUGUUUUCUUACGUGUAAAGUUUUGCUGCGCUCACGCAAAAGAAUAGUGCACAACAUAAAUCUACCGUAACAGAUUUGUAAAAAAGAAUGUGCAUAAAAUACAUAUGUAUAUGUUGUACAUUUUUUAUAAGUUAAUAUAUAUUAACAUAAAAAUCAUUAUAUGACAGUUAUGCAUAUGUUAAUACCAAGAAUCUAUAGAAGACGAUUUGGAUUCAAAUAUUGGAAGAUGUUCAUCGCACCGAUGCGUGUACAAACAGUUUAAAUUUUUAUAUGAAUUACUGUAUAGAAAUCAUUGACAGACAAAAUUGAUUAAACUAUUAAAACCUAUAUAUAUAUAUAUAUAUAUAUAUAUACAUAAAUCAUGGCAGGAAGUGGAUCCAUUAUCAUACCAACCAUAAAACAAUUAUAUGAGAAAGAUCAUGCGCCUACGUCUAAUAUAGAUUAUUCUAGUAUAAGAGGAAAGAGUGUUUUAGUUAGUCCGUCAGAAGAUCAAUAUGAAUUAUUACUUAGACGCUUAAAAGAGAGAAUUCAAGACGGUGGUAGUGAAACAAUUUUUGAUAUUGGUAUUGGCGAAGAUGGCUCGGAAGAUGGUUUAAAAGAAGACGAGUACGAAGCAUCUGUUGCUACUUUGCAGUCUCUUGCUGCUACGUUAGAAGCAGACUGUGUGCUUCUGCGUCAAAAUAAAGUAGACCAAGGCCUUGUAGGACAAUAUCUAGUGCGACAACGUCUAGAUAGACAAGAUUUCUUAGAAAUUAGGGUGGCUGUUGUUGGUAAUGUAGACGCUGGAAAGUCAACACUUUUAGGUGUAUUAACGCAUGGGGAACUCGAUAACGGUCGAGGAUUGGCUCGUCAAAAAUUAUUCCGUCAUAAACACGAGGCUGAGACAGGCCGUACCAGUUCGGUUGGAAAUGAUAUUCUCGGAUUUGACAGCGUUGGAAAUGUUGUAAAUAAGCCGGAGCAUGGAUCCUUGGAUUGGGUAAAAAUAUGUGAGAAAUCUUCUAAAGUUAUAACAUUCAUUGACCUUGCUGGACACGAAAGGUACUUAAAAACAACUGUUUUUGGAAUGACAGGGCAUGCGCCUGACUUUGGUAUGUUAAUGGUUGGAGCAAAUGCUGGUAUUGUUGGAAUGACAAAAGAACACUUGGGCUUAGCUUUAGCUUUAUCGGUACCAGUAUUUGUUGUAGUUACAAAAAUUGAUAUGUGCCCGCCAAACAUAUUGCAAGAAAAUUUAAGACUGUUAAUAAGGAUUUUGAAAUCUCCCGGCUGUAGGAAGGUACCAGUUACCGUGAAAACACCUGACGAUGUUGUCGUCAGUGCUACUAAUUUUGUAUCAGAACGGUUAUGCCCAAUUUUUCAAGUAUCGAACGUAACUGGUGAGAAUUUAAAUCUCCUUAAAAUGUUUUUGAAUUUAUUAACGGCAAGAAUAACUAGUCAUGACGAUGAACCAGCAGAGUUUCAAAUAGACGAUACAUAUUCAGUACCAGGCGUUGGUACUGUAAUUUCUGGAACAACUCUGAAAGGUGUUAUAAAACUAAACGACAUAUUAUUAUUAGGACCUGAUCCUUUGGGUCGUUUUAUUCCAAUCGCAGUAAAGAGCAUACAUAGAAAAAGAAUGCCUGUUCGUGAAGUGAGAGGCGGUCAAACUGCUAGUUUUGCAUUAAAGAAAAUAAAAAGAUCACAAAUUCGAAAGGGUAUGGUAAUGGUUGCACCGGCGUUAAAUCCACAGGCAUGUUGGGAAUUUGAAGGGGAAAUUCUUGUACUGCAUCAUCCGACAACAAUUAGUUCCUGUUAUCAAGCAAUGGUGCAUUGUGGAAGUAUAAGGCAAACAGCAUCCAUUAUUUCUAUGUCGCAAGAUUGUUUAAGAACCGGAGACAAAGCUUUAGUACGCUUUAGAUUUAUAAAACAUCCCGAAUACAUAAAACCAGGACAAAGAAUGGUGUUUAGAGAAGGACGUACUAAAGCAGUAGGCAAUGUAUUAAAACUUAUUCCAUAUUCUAGUACUACAACAAUGCAAACGAGUAGGUCCAAUAAACCAAAUAAAACAUCUCAAAAUCGUCAAAGUUCUUCAUCCAUGAUGCAAUCGUUAGAUGCAACGGAAACAAGUUCUUCGUUUGAAGGACAGUCAUCCAAACAAGAAAAUAUGCUUCAAAAGUCUGGCAUGAACCAAAAUAAGAAAAAUAGGGGAAGAAAAGGAGGGAGAUCUCAUAAUACUGUGAAUAAUAUUAUUCAACCUUUAUCGGAACAAAAUCCUCCUAAGAAAGUAUAACCGACAUUUAUGUACAAAAUUAAUAUACAUACGCGCGCGCACGGGUGUGCUAGGCUUCAUACAUGAAACGUUUUCAAUUCUUGAGUUAUUUCUAAACAGAUUUUAUUUUAAUUUUCUUUUUCUUCCUAAAAAGUAUUAC